AUGCUUCUUUUGCCGUACCGAACGCAGCCAAUCUUGCACCGGGUCGCCUGCCGUGGUCGUCUGCAGCUCGUGACGGCGCUGCUUGCCGACACGGACGAAGAAUGCGAGCGCGACACACUAGAUACGGUCGCGACCCACGGCUCGGUUGAGAUGCUGCAGCUCUUGCUACAGCAUCGCAGCGGCAAUGUGACGGCUCGCGCGAUGGACGGCGCGGCGGCCAACGGGCACAUGGCGACCGUUGUCUAUUUGCACGAAAAUCGCAUGGAAGGCUGCACGACGGCGGCCAUGGACGCGGCCGCGCGACACAACCAUUUAGACGUGGUUCGAUUCCUCCAUUUACACCAGCAUGAAGGCUGCACGGCGGCAGCGAUCGACGGCGCCGCACGCAUGGGACACCUCGAAAUGGUCCAUUUCCUCACGACCUUUCGGCGAGAAGGGUAUACCGCACGGGCCCUGGAAGAAGGGACGUCCGACCGCGGCUUAAAACGACCCCACCUCUAG